UUCCAUGAAUUUAUGAACAGCGGUUUUCCGUUCGAACGUUCACCGUUAUUCUCUCUCUCUCUCUCCUCUUCUGAGUGGCGCUGCCAGCCAUGCGUCUUUCUGUUACUCUUACUCUUUGAGACGUUCCAAUUCUCUCCCUCACGGUUACACUUACACCCACCGCAGCAGCUAAUAGAAUAGAGCCGUUGUAAUGGAGGAAUAAUGUCUCCAAUGCCACCCACUUCACCUUCGUGCUAGACAAAGAGAACAUUCUUUCACCAGAUCUGCAAAGGAAAACAAGAAUGCCUUAGAUAGAGCCAAUCUAUGCAGAAUUAGUCUUGUGUUGCAGUGUGAAAAAAGGUAGAGCAGAAGAAACACCUCGUUCCUUGCUGCUGUUAGAAGUGGAAGGAAAAAAUUCUGAAAUGGAAUUUCUACCCAUUUUCUCUUUCAUUUCCCUGUUGUUGUGUUUGGUUCUGUGGCAAGUAAGUGGUGAACCUGUUGAAGACAAGGAGGCUUUGCUUGACUUUGUGAGCAAGUUCCCUCCUUCAAGGCCUCUGAAUUGGAAUGAGAGUUCCCCCAUGUGUGAUUCUUGGACUGGAGUGACUUGCAAUGUAGACAAGUCCAAAGUAAUAGCAAUUAGGUUGCCAGGGGUUGGAUUUCAUGGCACUAUUCCGCCUGAUACUAUUAGCCGCCUCUCAGCACUGCAAACUUUGAGCCUCAGAUCCAAUGUCAUAACUGGCCAUUUCCCUUCUGAUUUUUCCAAUCUGAAGAACUUGUCUUUUCUCUAUCUUCAGUUCAACAAUAUUUCUGGUCCUUUGCCUGAUUUCUCAGCCUGGAAGAACCUCACUGUUGUCAAUUUGUCCAAUAACCAUUUCAAUGGCACCAUCCCUUCCUCCCUUAACAACUUGACUCAGCUUGCUGGUUUGAACCUUGCAAACAACAGUCUUUCUGGAGAAAUUCCCGACCUCAACCUGUCAAGAUUGCAGGUGCUGAAUUUGUCCAACAACAGCUUGCAGGGAAGUGUGCCUAAUUCCCUGCUAAGGUUUCCUGAGUCUGCAUUCAUUGGGAAUAACAUUUCCUUUGGAAGUUUUCCCACGGUUUCUCCAGAGCCUCAACCGGCUCAUGAGCCAUCUUUCAAGUCCAGGAAGCGUGGAAGGCUCAGCGAAGCUGCGCUGCUGGGAGUUAUUAUUGCUGCUGGUGUUUUAGGCCUCGUGUGUUUUGUUUCUUUGGUGUUUGUGUGCUGCUCAAGAAGAGUUGACGAGGAUGAGGAAACCUUCAGUGGGAAGUUGCACAAGGGAGAAAUGUCUCCUGAGAAAGCAGUUUCAAGGAACCAGGAUGCUAACAAUAAACUGGUUUUCUUUGAGGGGUGUAAUUAUGCCUAUGAUUUGGAGGAUUUGUUGAGGGCUUCUGCUGAGGUGCUGGGAAAGGGAACGUUUGGAACUGCCUAUAAGGCAAUACUUGAGGAUGCAACCAUGGUUGUUGUGAAGAGGUUGAAGGAGGUAGCCGCUGGAAAGAAGGAUUUUGAGCAGCACAUGGAGAUUGUAGGAAGUCUUAAGCAUGAGAAUGUGGUUGAGCUCAAGGCAUAUUAUUAUUCCAAAGAUGAGAAACUCAUGGUAUAUGAUUACCACAGUCAGGGGAGCAUCUCUUCCAUGUUGCAUGGCAAAAGAGGAGAGGAUAGGGUGCCUUUAGAUUGGGAUACUCGACUGAAAAUAGCCUUAGGUGCUGCAAGAGGCAUUGCUCGUAUUCAUGUUGAGAAUGGUGGCAAGCUUGUACAUGGCAACAUCAAAUCCUCAAACAUCUUCCUCAACACCAAACAGUAUGGCUGCGUGUCUGACCUUGGCCUGGCAACCAUAUCAAGCUCACUUGCCUUACCAAUAUCACGAGCAGCCGGUUACCGUGCACCAGAAGUUACAGACACCAGAAAGGCAGCACAGCCCUCAGAUGUUUACAGCUUUGGUGUGGUGUUGCUAGAGCUUCUGACUGGGAAAUCCCCUAUCCACACAACUGGUGGUGAUGAGAUUAUCCACCUUGUGAGGUGGGUUCAUUCAGUUGUGCGCGAGGAGUGGACAGCUGAAGUGUUUGACUUAGAGCUGAUGAGAUAUCCUAACAUAGAAGAAGAGAUGGUGGAAAUGUUACAGAUAGCCAUGUCAUGUGUGGUUAGGAUGCCCGAUCAGAGGCCUAAGAUGUCUGAAGUAGUGAAGAUGAUAGAAAAUGUGAGGCAGAUUGAUGCAGAUACUCACUCAUCAUCUGGGAACCAAGUAUCAACGUGACAAUGGUAACUCUCCUUCCACUCCCUCCUACUUCCCCUUGGGAAGUGAAUGAAAGAAAGAUGUUAACCUUUGUUUGUGAUUUGAGGUAUCUUGUCAAUGUUUAACUCCCAAGUUCUGAACAAGAGCGUGGUUAUUAUUACUAUCAUUAUAUUUUUUCUCAUAUUUAAGUUGCUUGAGUUGGUUAAAUAUUACUAACUAGUGGGUUAGUAUUUGAUUUGACCCUGCGCAAAAGGAAGCUCCAUGCGCUGGUACAGCAAUCAAGUGGUUAUAAUGUGAAGCAUUUCUUUUGUGUGUGAACUGUGAAGCUGUCUUUACCGAGAAGGUGCACCUGUUGUUUUUCCCUUGCAAGAGUGGUCUAACAACUAUUACCUCUUGUCUCUUUAUUAUAUUAGAAUUUUUUUUGAGAAAUUUGCUUGCUUCCUCUCCAAAUUGUCUAUUGUAUUAAUCGACUAUAUUUUUUUUUAUCAAAAUACUUUUAACUAUUUUACUUUU